ACCGAACCUAUAUACUGCAAGGACAGGAAGUUUUUAUCCGCUCAAACCUGCGCUCCAAACAAAAUUUAUUUACAUCAAAUUACAACGCAUAGCCGUCUUCCUCUCAGUUUUGCUCUGUGGUCAUUAUGAUGCGUUACUGGGGUGAGAUUCCGGGUCCUGCGGGGGCCCCUCCGAGCCGCAGCUCCUUUGACCUGCUCCAGCGCGAGUUUCGCUCUGUGGAGAUGCAGGACCCUCCUCUGCACCAGCCGUCCGCUCAGCGCCCGCGCCCCACCACUAUGCUGGACAUCCCCUCUGAGCCCUGCAGCCUCACCAUCCACACGGUGCAGCUCUGUCAGCACACGCGACGCCUGCGGGGACUUUUAGCUUUAGCCCAAACUCAGGCUCAGGGCCAAUCCUCUGCCUCCUCUGAAGGAAGAUUAGAGGAGACGGACACCAGUCUGCCUCUGCGGGCUCCCACCCCUCCUGCCAUGCCAGACGACCUGCUGCCUGUGGACAGUAAAGCUCCCCAACAGCCUUUUAAUCUUCGACACAGUGACCCUGAAAGUGACUUCUAUAAGGGCAAAGGCGAGCCUGUCCUAGAGCUGAGCUGGCCAUCCUGCAGACAGCUCCUGUAUCAGUCUGUGGCCACAGUACUGGCCCAUGCGGGCUUUGAGUCGGCCCAAGAGAGUGUGUUGGAGACACUCACUGACCUGGUUCAUGAACAUUACCUCAAACUCACUCAGCUGCUGCGAGUAGCAGUGGACAGAGAGGCUCGACUGGGCGCCACCGCUUUCCCUGAUGUGAUGGAGCAAGUCUUUCAUGAAGUGGGUAUUGGCAGUGUGCUUGCGCUGCAACGUUUCUGGCAAGUGAGGAUAAAGGACUAUCACAGCUAUAUGCUACAGUUGAGUAAAGAUCUGUCAGAGGAGUACGAGCGUCUAGUAAACCCAGAGAAAGCUCAGGAGGACUCCAAACCUCCCAGGAUCAAGGAGGAGCCCAUGAGUGACAUCUCGUUCCCUGUUAGCGAGGAGCCAGAAGCUGACUUGGCGUCUGGAGACCAGGCUCUGCCCAUGGGAGUGCUGGGACCACAUGGGGAGAGACUCACAUCAGGCUUGGACAGUGACCAUUCUCCUCAUACCUCAGGUGGAGGUGGUGCCAACAACUCCCCGCUGUGGCCCCAAGUAAAAAUAGAGCCUCAUGACGGUGAUGACGGCCAAGGAUCCAGUCACCACCAUCACCACAGUGUCCUGGGAGGAGACGUGUUUGAGGAAGGGGAUCCCAUGUCCACCAUGAGUGAGUCUGGGGGGGCCAUGGCUCCGUCUCCAGGGGGUGCUGCAUCAGACGGGAGCUACGGAUCACAAUCACCGGACUCUCUCAUGGGAGCGUCUCCUGUCUUCAACCAGAGGCCCAGGAAACGCAGGAAGAUGUAAUACUGUGUUUCCUAUAAGACUAUAUUUUCAUCGACCUAGAGUUCAGUGAUGUACAGUUGUGAAGUUCUGGAUUUAAAGUAGUGAACAGCAUCUUCAGAAUGGUACUUCUAUUGUUUUCGAAGUAUACUUUAAAAGUUAAAGUUGUUUUAGUGGGAUGCUCAAGAAAGUUUUCAUACAUAAAUUAAUUUCUUACAGUUAUCAUUUGGUUUACGAACUUGUCCUUAUUAGGAAAUUCAAUUCACAGCCUCACAUGUUAGCAAUACAAAAUGGAUAGAAAAGUAAAAGUAAAAUUCUAUAAAUGUGCAAAAAAUAUUUAUGAAACAACAAUGUCUUGCUGUAAGAAUUAUGAUUUGUGCACACCAAAUAUUCAAGACAAAUAUGGCUGAACACAGAACAAUCUCCGAGUGACCGUCUGUUUCUAAUUACUCAUCUUUCAUUCAUGUUUUCUGCUUGUUUCUGAAAGGCUCCAGUCACAAUCCAAAAUGAGCAACUUUCAGUCUUAGGUAAAAACACUGCAGGACAGAGCCACCCAUAACACCUAUGAACAACCGUUUUAUUCUUGUGAUAUUAAUUCAGUGUUUUCAGAUUCACAUAGCAGGUGUGCUCAUAAUUUUGACAACCACAGUAUUUGCCAGCACAAGCAGUAAAGCACAAUGAUAAGGUUUUUGUAUAAAUUUUACAUUAAUUUCUAAUCAACCCAUAACAUCGCAUGAAUAUUAAGUUUGGCAAUUUGUAUGAAUUCAUUUUAUUGCCUGAAGAAUAAAAUCCUUUUUCAUAUUUCUUCUG